GUUGCGACAGUCACGUGAUGUUUCCGAAACUUGCGAAGACUUGUGAAACAGGCUGAACCGGGCUCGCGCUGCUGCAGCUGUUCCACAUCCAGGGACAAAACUGGUUUCUGAAUGUGAAACAGAAAGGUGUUAACAAGUAAUGAGCAGUACAUGCCUGCACAUCCAGUCACAGAUGAAGAGAAGCUUUUUCCUGAAUGCUCAGCGUGUCUCCUGGAAGUUACAAAGAUGUACCAAAUCGUACCGGCGACAGUUGGAGAUAUUGGCCUUAGUGGCAUGCGUGAAUACACCCCCCCAAAGAAAAGAGUGGACCGGCGUGGACGUCGCCUGAUGGCGUCCAGCUUGUUUGGGGCCGUGCUAGUCAUCGCAGCUGUGGCAGCUUGGUGCUAUUACUCUGUGUCUCUCCGGAAGGCAGAUCUGCUAAAGACUGAACUGCUAGACCUCAACAAAGAUGGCUUUGUCAUUCGCAACCAAGCUGGCGCCAUCAUCUUCCGAAUGGCAUUCAGGUCAGGUUCCCUUGAUCUGGACUCUUGCUCAAAAGAAGGCAGAAUUCUCAGUUGCAGCCGAUCCAGUUCAGGAAAGCUUAAUUUCUUCAUUGAAACUGUGAGACCCAAGGACACAGUGAUGUGUUACCGUGUGCGCUGGGAGGAGCUUGAUGCAUACCGUGCCGUAGAACAUGCCAUGGCCUAUAAUGGCUCUCAUUGGUACGGUGGAGCAGAGUCCUGGUCCCAGCACUGGCCAAUUGUUUUUGCAGGAAACCAGGAACCCAAACCUUUCAUUACUAGUGAUGUCACUUCCAAUCAGCAAGACUUUGGGAGCAUCCUGGAGCGCUACUGGCUCUCCUCCAAUGCAACCGCUAUCAAAAUCAAUGACUCAGUUCCUUUUCAUCUUGGCUGGGAUGAGAACAGUAAGAUGCUGAGAUUCCAAGCACGGUAUGACAACAGUCCAUAUAAGCCAGACCCUGCACAGCCUGUCCAUGCUGAGCUGAGCUAUCGUGUUUGUGUUGGGUAUGACGUGACUUCCAUACAUAAAUACAUGGUACGUCGUUAUUUUAACAAACCCAAUAAAGUUCCUUCUGAGGCAGUUUUUAGGUGGCCAAUUUGGUCCACUUGGGCCUUGCACAAGACUGAAGUGAAUCAGGAGAAGCUACUGAAGUACGCUUCUGAGAUUCAAGCACAUGGCUUCAAUUGCAGUCACCUAGAGCUGGAUGAUCGAUAUACAAGAGGCUAUGGAGAGUUCGAGUUCGAUCCAGUCAAGUUCCCUAAUGUAACCUAUAUGUUUCAGAAACUCCGAAAAGACAGAUUUGAAGUCACCCUCUGGACCCAUCCUUUUGUGAACUACAACUCCACUAACUUUGGAGUUGGUGUGGAAAGAGGGCUUUUUGUGCGAGAACCUACAGGCAAAUUACCUGCCAUGAUCCAGUGGUGGAAUGGUAUUGGUGGCAUUUUGGAUUUCACCAAUCCAGAUACCCGUGAAUGGUACGCCUCACACCUCCGUGCCUUAAAGAACAAAUAUGCUAUAGCUUCCUUUAAGUUUGAUGCAGGGGAGACCAGCUACCUUCCCCAGCAAUUCAGAACCUUCACACCCCUGCAGGAUCCCAGUGUAUUCACUCGCCGCUACAGCGAGAUGGCAAUCCCUUUCAAGGACCGCGCUGAACUGCGUGCUGGAUACCAAUCCCAGAACAUCUCCUGCUUCUUUCGGAUCACAGACCGCGACUCGGUCUGGGGCUACGAUUUGGGGCUUAAGUCGAUCAUCCCUACUGUGCUAACUGUUAGCAUUCUGGGUUACCAGUUUGUUCUCCCAGACAUGAUCGGUGGAAAUGCUUACCCGAACCGCACUGAAGGCAACCGGGGACUCCCUGACCGGGAGCUCUACAUCCGCUGGCUGGAACUACUAGCAUUCAUGCCAGCUAUGGAGUUCUCAAUCCCACCAUGGCUGUAUGACGAUGAGGUAGUAGAGAUUGCUAGGAAGUUUACAAAGCUUCAUGAGACCCUGGUGGCUCCCCGAGUGCUGGAACUUGCUGGGGAAGUGUUAGAUACUGGAGAUCCUAUCAUUCGCCCUCUGUGGUGGAUUGCCACAGACGAUGAGGCUGCCUACAAGAUCGAUUCGCAGUUUCUCAUUGGGGAUGACCUAAUGGUAGCACCAGUUCUUGAGCCAGGCAAGCAGGAGAGAGAUAUUUACCUCCCAGCUGGCAGAUGGAGGAGCUACAAGGGUGAACAUUUUGACAAAGGGCCAAUACAUUUAACUGACUACCCUGUGGACUUGGAUGAGAUUGCCUAUUUUGUAUGGUCAGGAUGAUAUGAACUAAAAAGGGAAUAUAUUUGCAAACAACAGUCUCAAAUGUCUAUCGAAGUUCCAUUGAACAAGCAUUCACACACGAUUUGUUUCUCACAUUCAUGUGCCUUUUAAUCGUAAUGCCACUGUAACCAGCAUACAUCAAAUUACAUUUGAACAUUUUCUAAUGUUUGAGCAAAUUUCAUUGUCAAAAACAAUGUUGAGAAACAGAGGCUGGGAAGUGAUUCAAUUUCUGAUUUGUAUGCGUUGUCUUUUAACAUGAACAUGAAUCACAUUUUCCCAACAUUUUUUGAAUAGAAGAAAUGUAUUAACUAGGUAUUACAAAGGAAUCUACCAAAGGGAGUGAGACAACCAAUCUAACUUUGCAUCAGAGGAAACGUGAAUGUUGUAGUGAAACACUGGGAGUUUUAUAUUAUAUGAUUAAGAAUUACUACUUAGUUUGACGUUAAAAAAGAAAGCACAAAAGGACACCUUGGACCUCACUUAAUAGGAAACGACAAUGUAUGUUCUCUUUAGUAUUCCUGGAAAUACUCAAAAACUACUGACCUUGCCAGCAUCCAGAAUCUGAGCACAAAUAAUGUUAUAUCAUCUACAGUAUGACCAUAUAUAAUAUAAACAAGUAUUUGUCUUGUAAUGCUGAUUAAUAAUUUUGGGGGUUGUAUUUUCUGUUGUUUUGUGUGUGCUAUUUGCUUUAAGAAUUUAAAAUGAACAGGGUAAUAAGAUUUAUUUAUUUAGAAUAAAUCUGAAGUGGCUUGAAAGCCAAAAAUGAUUUUUGAUUUUUCUUUCUGUAUUGCACUGAUACUGUGAAUUAAAUUACUUUCCAGAUUAUUUAAACAAGGAAAGAUAAUCAAACUAUCAGAUGGAACGAAACAUAACACAAGCCUCCCCUGUCAGAUUUAAAAUGGAAAGUCUAUUUAUUGUUGUUUGGUUGCAAAUAAAC